AAUAUAUAUUCGAAUCCAUGGAAAAUGUCGAUGCAGCAGUUAGAAAUCUCGAGAUAAAAUCAUUAUCCCAUUUCUCUGUUUAUCAAAAAGAUAAAUCAUUCGGAGUUGCUGGUGAAUUUUAAGUUAUAAUAAACACAUCGCAAGGUAUACAGUGUAAGGCUCGGUUUAUGGUUCAAAAUUCGAAAAAACUUGGUUGUCCAGCAAAAAUCAUAAUUCGUGACAUCGCCUUUUUCCCAGAUUUCAAAGUAAGCGAAUUUAUUUUUCCAUUACUCGUUUUGCCGUUUUAGUCUGACCAUUUUCUGCUCAUCUAUCUAACUACCACAGGAUGAAAACACUCCUGAAGAUGACGAAGUUAUGAUAACACAUGUGUCUGAGUGUGACACUCCUUUGCCGAAAAGAAGGAAGUUACUUUUCUCUAAAGAAGAAAGAAGCGCCAUUGUUAACAAACAAAUGUUAACUGACGAGUCAAUAAACAUCGCACAGAGUCUUUUGGUGUCACAAUUCCCAACCAUAGGAGGAUUUCAAGACACGGUUGUUGGGAAGACGCAAAGUUUUGACAUCGUGAAAUACGAAGAAAAUUACAUCCAGUUGCUUCAUGCUGGUUCUUUGCACUGGAUAUGCGUGGCAAAUGUCAACAACAGGUAUUGCCAAAUUUUUGAUAGCUUGACAAGUGGAAACGUUUCCGUAGAUGUUGCAAAUCAAAUCGCCGCCUUUUCUUACUGCCAAUCAGAAGAACUUGUUAUCGAUGUUAUGCCUGUUCAGCAACAGAAAAAUGGAGUUGACUGCGGCCUGUUUUCGAUUGCUUUUGCUACAUCAUUAGCAUUCGGUGAACACGCAUGCGAUAAGAUAUAUGGCAAUGAUUCUCUUCGUCCACACCUUCUGUCAUGUCUAGAUGCUGGUCAAAUGACUCCCUUUCCAAGUAAGCUACGUGCAAGAAAGAGAACUUUAAGGCCGAAAAAACAAAUUUGGUAGAAAUAUAUUGCGAUUGCCGUAUGCCAUACAAUACGGACGAUGAAAUGGUGGAAUGUUCAAAGUGCAUGGAGUGGUUUCACGAUAAAUGUGCAAACAUUGCAAAUGUCCAAGCUUUGUCACGAAGGAAAUGGUUUUGUAAAAAAU